UGGGGUGGCCAAUCCGAUUCCAGGGGUGGCCUGUGCUACCCCAGGCCACUCCCUGGACACGCCCCUGGCAGGAGCAAAAUAAAAGUGUUACGCGCACGGAUUAACUUCCAGAGGGACAUUGCGAACUGCUGCGUGCUGACGUUUACUGAAACCUGACUAUACCCUACGGUGCCUGACUCGGCUACUACCCCGGCUGGUUUUUCCAUCUAUCGGCAGGACAGAACUACGGAGUCAGUGGGUCCCAGAGGCGCAACCAGGUAGCAAACCAAACAGAGACAGAAAGCCAUGUCGUCAACAUCCAAAAGGCACGAGACGUUUCUCACUGGGCCCAUGGGGGAGAAGCCAGUGAUGGCAUUGCCUGGAAUUAGCACGGUGUCUGCAGCCAAACUAGAGGAAAAGGGCUUUAAGAAGGCAAACCAUAUCCUGGGACAGUUCCUAGUGUUGGAUAAGGAUGAGAGACGGUUCAAGGAAUGGCUACAUGAUGCGUGUGGUGCAAACGUCAAGCAGCAGGAAGAUUGCUAUCGCUGCCUGCAAGAAUGGUGCAACUCCUUUCUGUAGUGCUGUCUUCGCAAAUAUGCUAUCAGCGCUGUGUCUUUGGUUUUACAGAAUCCAACAAGCGUCCUCACGGUUCUCUCUUUCUCUUGUGUUCACAUGUCUGUUUACAGUUUACAUGCCAACCAACUCACAGCCAUCUUGCACGAUCUGUGUACACAAUGUACAUUUCAAAACUGUGAACUGGUUUAAGUCAGAAAUUUGACUUGCAUGCUAAUCUAUAAGCGCAAGUGAAUUGAAAAUGGUUUUGGCAGUUGUAGUCUCAGUUUCUU